AACUAAACCGGUUUUUUCUGUUAAGCUGAUUUACACUUUCUCUCUCAAGUCACAACAACACACUCGCAAGAUUUGAUUUGCUUCACUGAUUUUCUUCGUCUUCUGAUUCGGUUUUGUGAGAAAGCGGGGAUGGCGACUACAGCUUGUUUUAUUAUUGUGAGCAGGAAUGAAAUUCCUAUAUAUGAAGCUGAAGUUGGAUCUGCUGUUAAACGCCAAGCUUCUGUCUUUGAGGACAAGAGAGAAGAUGCUGCACAGCUUCACCAAUUCAUAUUACAUGCAGCUCUGGAUAUUGUGCAGGACCUUGCAUGGACUACUAGUGCCAUGUUCUUGAAAGCAAUUGACAGAUUUAAUGAUUUGGUGGUUUCAGUCUAUGUUACGGCUGGUCAUACACGAUUGAUGCUACUUCACGACUCUCGCAAUGAUGAUGGAAUCAAGAGCUUUUUCCAAGAGGUGCAUGAGCUUUACAUAAAGAUCCUUCUUAAUCCAUUAUACUUGCCCGGUUCACGGAUUACAUCAUCUCAUUUUGAUACAAAAGUUCGUGCACUUGCGAGAAAGUAUCUGUAAUUUGUAGUCACUUCUCUUUGUCUUUGUACUUGAUAUUUCUUGUUAUGGGAUGGUGAAAGAUAUACACGGGGGCUGAGCCCUUCCGGUCAAAACCAGUGUCCGGAUUCAGAGUCCGGAAGAGAUUCAGACAGUGAAAAUUUUUAUUUCCUGUGUUAUUUGUGUAGAUGCAUUAUUUGGCAUUUAUUGUAACUAAUGGAUGUAGGUUUUUUUCUGGGUUGGAUUACAAUUUGCCAUUUUAUUAGAAAUGUGACAACCAAUAUUAAAAGUU